AUGCAAACAGUUAUUGCUUUAUGCCAUUUUUGUGAAAAUCAUGGACCUCGAGUUGUGCUUACAACACAAUCGGUUAGGAACACAUCUAUUUCAGAACAGUUCCUUCUAAAUUCGACGUUGGAUCCGGAUUAUGAUCACAUUGAUGAUGAGGCUCGUUGUUUAGCAUGUUCUUCAUUUCUUGAUGGAAAAGGUCUUAUUUCUAGUGAUAACAAAUGCAGUUAUAUCAGUUCACAGGCUGCAUUGAACGAUCGUGUAUAUAAUUUGUUGAAAAAUGCUUGUUUGCGAUCUUUGAGCUGCGAAAUAUCUGUUUCGACUUUAAAUAUCAACAAAUCCAGUAAAAAGAAUAAGCAUUCUUGUUCUCAAUUUUCCGAUUCACAUGAUACAUCACUUCCAUCACCGGUAAAAGAUGCCUGGUUUGAGGCUAGAAAUAGUGCCGAAAAGGAUGGCGUUGUUAUAUUUGGUGAUGACGAAUAUGGAUAUUCCCUUUCAUACACAUUUAGGCUCCGUGACAGUAAAGCACGUGGUCUUCAGCGCUUAUUUUCUUUAAUUGCUUUUUCAAUGGAUAAGCUUGUACUAACCAGUAAUUAUGAUUUUUUCGUAUCUGCUUUCACAGCGAUUAUUGAAGAUUUGCAGUCGGAAUGUUUGAAGAAUGCCCCUACCACACGGUCAUCCCAUCCUCCUGCAAAUUUGCUUGAAAAGCAGUUUCCUGACUUGAAAUUCUCUGGUUCAGCUAGGAAUCUUACGACAAUUAGUGGAUGUCCGGCAGUUUUCACGAAAUUGCAUAAGCAAAUCUCUUGGAUUCUGCGGAUGCAAACUUGUCUUUGCAUCGAAAAUAUUAUGGAAGGCUUGCCGAAUGAAGAUACACUUGUUGAAAUGGAAAUGAAAAUGGACGAAGUAAAAAAGGAGAAUCUAUUAUUAUAUACUUCUAAUGCCAGAGAAAAUUUAUUAUAUUUUGAUGCAUUGAAAACUUUGGCUAAGAAGAUUUAUGAACUGGGAACUGAAGCGAAAAAUGAUUUCUUGAAAUUUUUACUGACUCAGGUUGUAAUUGGUGGAUUGAUUAUUUUAAAGUGUGAUAAUCGAAAACUAGCAGAUCAUUUUCUGUUAGCAAUAGCGAAUCUCUUGCCUUUUGGGUGCGUUCGAUUGGGUUAUUGCACUCUCUACAAUGAAUGCUAUAGAUUUAAUCUAUGUUCUUGUCCUUUUGAUAUGUAUUUGCCACAACAAAAUGGUUUUGUAUCCGUUUCCAUAUCAACGCCUGGUUAUAUGAAUGGUGAAGUAUUUAAAAAUGGCUUAAAUGGUGAAUUUUCUCCAGAUUUGUCUUCUUUUGAGGAAUAUGAAUCAGAUUCAUUGAAUGAAAGCAAAAGCGGAGAAGCGGACAAGUUCAAAUACGAUUUUUAUGUUAACACAAGGACUUAUAAUAAUCAGCAAUUGUUGCGUGAUAUUGAAUCAUGUAUUUUUACUAAUUUUGUUUAUCCAAAUAGUUAUUUAUUGAGAUCCGAAUUUCCAACUGUUGUUUCACGAUAUAAGGAUAUACUUUUAGAUAAAGAUCUCAGCAAAUGUGCUCAAGAAGUUAUUAUCAAGAACACUCGGGAAUAUUGGUUAAGUAAAACGAAGCUGUUUUUCCAGUUCAAUAUUGAAAAAAUGGAUCUGGAAAAGGCUAUUCGAAUUGUUAAAUGUACGAAAAGUGAUUUACAAGUCUUAUGCACCUGGGAAUCAGGGCUAUCAAAGUCAUAUAAGCAAAGUAUGUUAGAAGCAUUUAACCAUAGUAAAACAAAAAGUGAAUCAGGCAUUCUCGAAUAA